AGUGUAUACAAUAUACCAAUCACUUCACUCAAUCAUAACACACACAUAAACAUCACUCCUCAAUCCAAUCAUAUACCCUCACAAAAAUCAUCCAUCCAACCAAUCAACAGAAAAACACCCACAAAACAGUCAUGUCCCCAAUAAUCCGACAAGUUGCUUCCCGCCGCACCUUUUCCAUCCUCACCCGAGCCCGCCAAGUAGCACGUGGCUUCGAACCACAUCCAUUCGAACGCUAUUCUAUUUCUCAACAAGCCGCUAAAGCUGAUUGGGGCAAAUUGGUCAAGAGGACUGCCGGAAAUGCUGUAUUAUAUUUCCCCGGUUUUGCACUUGUACUCGGAUGGCCAUUGUUGGCUGAGAAGGCCCUGAGGAGAACCUGAGGUGGAGUAAGGGAGGUGGAAGAAGAUACAGGAUGGGCAGAAGAAAUAUAUGCAUGGAAUGAAUGGUGGGGUGGAUGAGCUGUUUCUGGUGCAUAGGUGAUGGCGUUUUCGGAUAAGCAUUUGGGAGGCAUUUUGAGAUAGAUGGUGGUCAGGCCAUUUCCGGAGAGAUCAAUGAAUAAUACAAAAUAUAAACAUACACAAUAGUACGAUUCCAUAGUUUUGUGAUAUUGUGAUAUUGUAGAAACGAGGAUGAGAGCUAUACAACAUGUGAAUUAAGGACUGA